AGUCUAACUCUCACAUGUUGUUGUGUACAUCACAUCCCGGUGUACAUUUAGCGGUUGCUAAGCACAGUUAUCACGUUGUGUACCAUUAUAGCCAAUAUUUUUAAUGUCAUUAGUUUUUUGAGCAAAAAAAUCAGAAUAUGAAAGUUGUCGCGUUAAUAAGUGGGGGCAAAGACAGCUGCUACAACAUGAUGCAGUGUGUUGUUGCUGGGCACCGGAUCGUAGCUUUGGCCAACCUACGUCCUGCUAACACAGAUGAGUUGGACAGCUACAUGUACCAGACAGUUGGCCACCAGGCCAUAGAGCUGUAUUCUGAAGCCAUGGAUCUGCCCCUGUAUAGACGCACCAUUCAGGGCUCUAGCCUGGACACCAGCAGAAACUACAGUGUGACGGAGGGGGAUGAGGUGGAGGACCUAUAUGAGCUGCUUCACCUCGUCAAGGAAAAAGAGGGUGUCGAGGCAGUGUCUGUAGGGGCCAUUCUCUCCGAUUACCAGAGGGUCCGUGUGGAAAAUGUAUGUUUGCGGCUAGGUUUGCAGCCCCUGGCCUACCUGUGGCGCCGAGACCAAGAGUCCCUGCUCUCUGAGAUGAUAUCAUCUGACCUCCAUGCUAUCCUCAUCAAAGUCGCCGCCUUCGGCCUGGAUCCAGAGAAGCACUUAGGAAAACCUCUGGCUGACAUGGAGCCCUAUCUGAAACAGCUCUCCCAGAAGUAUGGAGUUCAUAUUUGUGGAGAAGGAGGUGAAUAUGAAACCUUCACCCUUGAUUGCCCCCUCUUCAAAAAGAAGAUAGUUAUUGAUGCAGCGGAGACAGUGAUCCACUCAGCAGAUGCCUUUGCUCCAGUUGGCUAUCUGCGCUUCACCGAGAUCCACACCGAGAACAAAGAUGCCGAUGUGGUGGCGAGCGCUUUGCCCCAUGGUAGUUGUCCUUGCCAGAACGCCAUUGACAACAUGACUGAGGAGGUGGAAUAUGCUGAUCAAGCUCAAGACAACCAGCAAGAAUUUACAUCAAAAUGUGACCUUAGUUGUCAGCGGGGCCACGAUCUCCCUCCAUCCUGCUCACCAAGAAACUCCAGGGGCUAUCAGUGGAUCUCUGGCAUCAAUGGCCUUCAGAGCAAAGAUCCCGCAAUCCAGGGCCAGACAUCGGCGGCUUUUACACAGCUCCAAAGUGAGUUGGACAGCAGAGGCUGGAAAAUGAAGGACAUCAUCCUGGUUCACCUAUAUGUGAGGUCCAUGGAAGACUUUGUUCUACUCAACACAGUCUAUAAGAAACACUUUGGCAUAAACCCUCCAGCCAGGGUGUGUGUUCAGGCUCCUCUACCUGCUGGUCAGCUGCUGCAGAUGGACUGUCUGCUCCAUGACUGGACCGAGCCCCUGGAGGAAGGCUGCUUCCACCAGAGGGAAGCCCUGCACGUCCAGAGCCUGUCCCACUGGGCCCCAGCCAACAUCGGGCCCUACAGUCAGGCCCUCAGGGUGGAAGAGUCGGUUUUCUGUGCAGGCCAAAUUGCUUUGGUCCCUUGUACCAUGCAGCUGGUAAAGGCUGGCACCAGGACGCAGGCCCAUUUGUCCUUCAGCUAUGUGAAGAAGGUUUUGGAGGCUGUGAUCAGCAGUCUGACUCUAGCUCACGUUGUCCAGGCCCACUGCUACACCACAAGACACCAAGACAUCCCCAUCAUCAGGGCCGUCUGGGAGAGCAUGCUGAGGGCUGCAGAGGAAGAGAAGGACUUGCUGUGGGAGCCUGAGACCAAAGCCGCGUCGUUAUUGGUCGUAAUGGUACCAGCCUUACCCAAGGGUGCAGCUGUUGAGCUUCAUGUAACUGCAAUUCAGGAUGACCCCACCAAAAGGACUUCCUGUCACGUGACUACAAAGGUGGCGUGCGGAUCCAUAGAGUGCCACACUGUAAUGUCUGCUGACACAUGUAGUGCUUCACUCUCACUUUCCCUGGCUGUGCCCGGCGAUAACCUGGAGGUCACUAGUGUGGAGGAUGUAACAGAAGCAGUUGGCGCUACAUUUAAGAAAGCCAUGACGAAGAUGGAUGCUGAGCUGGUGCCACUGUGUGCCAGGGUGUUCUACAAGUGCAACCACUCACUGGCACAGCAUAUUGUUAAAGGACUUGAAGAAAGUUUGAGAAGCUCUCUAGGAGAGUCCAGUCCGUCCAUGGCCCUGGUUCCAGUCCUGGACUUGCCUGACUCCCAGAUCCUCCACCUGUCCUGCUGGCUCAGUUUAUAGAAACACAGCCAGAGUCAACAACCAGACUCCAGUCAUCCAUAGCACCGGAAUUCAGUGGGGCUUUUCUAGAGGAGCGACUCUGACAAUCCAAAACCUAAUGACUUACUGUCAGGACAGGACAUCAGUGCUCAUUAAUGUUGACUGUUUAUCACUGCUGAUUGUUGAAAUGUAAAGCUUUGUCUGUCUCCAAGUGGUUUUGAUGAUGUGCGGUUUUGAGGAUGUGUUUAUUCCACUUCACAUCCCAGAACUUAGGCCAAUAAUUCACUUUGUCCUCCCCUGGACUUGUAUAUUGCAGCAGCUGUCGUUCUGCCUCGGAAACAAGUCUCAUGGAACUUCUAUUAGCUGAAGCUGCAUACCAGAAGACUGGAGACCAUAGUCUACAAAAGGAGACACCAGCAGUGUCUCAUUCCAUGAGGCGAUAAACUGUAUCCCCUGAUAUCCCACUGUUUCUGGUGGAAUUUCUCUCACCACGUUAGCUAACACCCCUCAUAAAGGCCUAGCGCCACCGCUGACACCAUCUGUUCAGUUGUAAACCUAUAGAUUUACUGUGUGACUGGUUUGUGAGAGUGUGUAAUGUGUAUGGAUGAGGUGACUGUGUUUCUCCCUCUCAUGCUUCAUGGGAUUCAAGGUGUGUUAUUAUUGUGUAAUAGGCAAUCAGCGCCAAGCACCUGAAAAGAUUAAGCCUCUUUAUGUUUUCUAUUGAUUCUAAGGCAACCUGGUUAAUAGGAGAGGGACACUGCAACACACAGCUGCAGGGCAGGUGUGUGUGUGUGUGUGUGUGUGUGUGUGUGUGUGUGUGUGUGUGUGUGUGUGUGUGUGUGUGUGUGUGUGUGUGUGUGUGCGUG